CUCAUUUUCUUCAAUAUUAUGUUGGUCAUGAUAGGCUCCAUCAGUUGUUUUCAUUGAUGAACUAGAUUCUGUUGGAAGGGAACGUGGUUUGAUAAAAGGUUCUGGAGGGCAAGAACGUGAUGCUACUCUUAAUCAGCUUCUUGUCUGCUUGGAUGGAUUUGAAGGCAGGGGUGAAGUGAUCACUAUUGCUUCAACUAAUAGACCAGAUAUUCUUGAUCCAGCACUUGUGAGGCCUGGACGAUUUGAUCGAAAAAUUUAUAUUCCUAAGCCUGGACUUAUUGGUCGCUUGGAGAUUCUCAAAGUUCAUGCGCGAAAGAAACCUAUGGCUGAAGAUGUUGAUUACAUGGCUGUAGCCAGUAUGACAGAUGGAAUGGUUGGUGCAGAACUAGCAAACAUAGUUGAGGUUGCUGCUUUAAAUAUGAUCCGUGAGGGAAGAACUGAGGUAGCUGUGGUGUUUUUUGUUGUCUCAAGUUUUCAACUUCCAAUUUGCAUGUUGGUGAUUUUGAAGGGGGUGGGGUUAUAUGAUAAAAGGAAUUUUGGAAAAGAUCUUCUUGCUGACUGGAGGAGAAGAAUCAAGGGAGAGGGCUUUCUGUUUUUCCGAGACAAAGCUAUUCGUAACGGUUUCAAGCUGGAGAGAUUUUAUGAAGGGUGGAAAGAAGGGUGGUCAGAUUACGUAGAAUGCGUGAAGUGAAUCAAGAAGUUGUCCAAAAACAAGGCUUUUGUUAAAUAAGAUUACGUAGAAUGUGUAUUUUGUUAAAUAAGAUUUCAUUUUGUGUAUGCAAAUGUAAAAGACAAAUAUUAAAGUUUCUAAAUAAUAUUAAUUUUAUUGA